AUGUGGACCUUCGACAACACCUUUGCGGAAGAAAUUGCUGCCCUCAUUAACCAGUGGGACAACUUCUGCCCGGCUGCUGCUCUUUUCUACUGGGGUAAAAACAGCAAUGAUACCGGCCUCCGCAUUGAGGCUACCGAAAUCAUGCGAGAGUUUGUGGAUAAUAUCCAGUUUGGGAGAGAUCCUGAAGGGUGGCUUUUUUAUGGGACCCCUCAAGACUUGGACACGGAUAGUGGAGACACUGUCUACUACCGGGUAUAUACAAAUGAUGAGAGUCCCAUGGCUAUCCGUAUCGACUUCUUUGGACGCGACCCGAACACUCCUGGCAUCAAACCAUUUGCUCAGUUUCUUACAAAAGAUACGGCCAAAAUCCCCAUUGAGAAUAUUCCAGCUGACACUGGCUCUGGGCUCUGGCGCAAACUCAGCACUGGAAUUUCCUCUGCCACGGUCUCUAAGCUCACCAAUGAUCCUACCAUCAAGCUAUCCGCGCAUGCUAUCGGGAAAAACCUGACAUUCAAUCUUCCCGACAGUUCGAGCUUCACGCAUGCACUUCAUAUCGACGGGGCAUUUCAUUUCCAGAAUAUCAAAGAUCUGAAUUAUAACACACUUGCUAUUACAAACUACAAUACUGAUAGGAUCCUUUAUUAUGAUCAGAAGGACUCCACGAAACUCAUCGGCGUGUUUUACCCUUCCAGUGAUCUCUUCCCCGAUGGCUUCAAUAAUGAGGGGGAUGUGAACCCUGCUAUUGCUACUUGCUCCGAUGAUAAUUAA